AUGCCUCCUUACGAUUGUAUGUUUCUGUUUAAGCCUCAUAUAACGAAUGUAGCUGUGAUGGAUUUAGUUGCAAGGGUGGGAAAACAUGUGUACAGAAGAAAUGGGGUUGUCACUAAUAUUAAGAGUCUCGGAACUGUUCACUUGGGCUAUGGUGUGAAAAAACUAGAUGGCAGAUAUUAUCAGGGCCUGCUGAUGCAAAUGAGCAUGAUGGCUACUCCUGAAAUCAACAAAGAGUUGCAUUACCUAAACAAGGAAGACCGGUUAUUGCGUUGGCUUUUGGUCAAGCAACGUAACACAAAAUUUGGGCUUCAAUUUGAAGAGGAUGAAGGCAGAUUAGAGCUAAGCAAAUUUUCCCAAAUCAGUAAACUUGAUGAUGAGGAUGAAGAUGAUGAUGAUGAAGAGUAUGAAUUGGAUGAAGAAGAAACAAAGUAA